AUGUGUUCUAAUUUCUUGCCGUUUUAUUGCUCUCUCCUUGUUCUCCUAGCCGUCACCACUCCGACAAUCGCCGCCGAGGAAUUCCAGGUCGGUGGCGCUGUGGGCUGGCGCCGCCCGGACCUUAACCACACUCAAAUCUACGAUCAGUGGGCUUCCCACCGGAGAUUUCACGUCGGAGAUUCCAUACGUUUCGAGUACAAGAAUGAUACGGUGGUGGAGGUGGAGAAAUGGGCGUACUACCAUUGCGACACGAGCCGCCCAAUCUCCGCCGUCUCCAGCGACGGCAACACCACCGUGAAUCUGGACAAAGCCGGCGCUUUCUACUUCGUCAGCGGCGAUUACGAGCAUUGCAAGGAUGGGCAGCGUUUACACUUGGACGUUUUCCCGUUGCAUCAAGAUGCCAUUCCAAAACCGCCGCCGCAUUCAAACUCCGAUCCGAUUCCAUUAUUUCCGAUCAAAUUCUUCUCCCUACUGUUAUUGACUUUCAACGCCGCUUUCCUGCAGUAG